CUUAUAUAGGAAGAUCGCCUGAAGGAGUUCCAACAACGAAUUCAUUAUGUAUAUUGCGUAAAUAUUCCGGAGGAGUUUAAGAAAAAGAGGUAUAUACGCCGGAGACAGUAUAACGUUAUUCAUCAUUUAUGGCAUGGUAAUGGAGUUGAAAUAGUGACAUAUUCUGCUUGAACGACGACAUCACCGACGGCAUGCAGAUGUUUUCCGUGAACGGCUCUUGUCCAAUGAGGAUAAGACGUAGGAUGAGGAACCAGGAGAAUGAUGUCUUCGAGUACGGCAGGAACAACAACUUUAUAAGUGAGGAACCGAACUCAGAUACAGUCGAUAGAAGAGAUUUGGAGAGAGAAAUGGAAGAUGCUCCUGGAGAUACCGCCAGGGAUGAUAUGGAGAGUGUGAUCAGUGAUCGAGAUGAUUUGGAGGUAGAAGCUAUAAAUAAGGAAGCAGAAGCAGCAAAGUCCCAAAUAGCGUCGCCAAAAUCUUCGCCCACGAAGAUCGUCAAGAAAAAAGAUGGGAUUCAGCGUGCGAAUCCAUCCAACAUGGAACGGAACCCUCUGACAGGUGCUGGAAUAGAGGUUCCAGAACACAGAAGGUCCAAGAGGGGAUCGCGUGAGACAAGCUCUAAAUGGAAAUGGUGAACACAAAUUUUUUAUUUUCAUUUAUAUUGACAUUAUAUCAAUACUUAUUAUGUAGAAAUAAAUUUUAGGUGUUUAA